AUGAUUAACGUUGAUGCGUCACGGAUCCAGAUCGUGAUCCAAAGCACAACUUGUGAUGGAGCUUUGGGAUCUCAGUCCUCUGACCAAGCAUACGUGACCCUUUUGUACGGCGAUGAGUUCUUACUCGGCGUUCGCGUUCUCGGAAAGUCGAUUCGCGACACCCAUUCCACCAAGGACAUGGUGGUUUUGGUUUCUGACGGUGUCUCACACUACGCCAAGAAGCUGCUCAAGGCUGAUGGUUGGCUAGUGGAGCAUAUUAGUCUGUUGGCAAACCCUAAUCAAGUCAGACCUAAAAGGCUAUGGGGUGUCUAUACAAAGCUGAAAAUAUUUAACAUGACUCAGUACAAGAAAGUGGUAUAUCUUGAUGCUGAUACAAUUGUAGUUAAGAGCGUUGAAGAUCUAUUCAAAUGUGGAAAGUUUUGUGCUAACUUAAAACAUUCAGAAAAAUUGAAUUCGGGAGUCAUGGUAGUGGAACCUUCUGAAAAAGUUUUCAAUGAUAUGAUGAGUAAAGUGAAGACUUUACAUUCUUAUACUGGAGGUAUGUAG